GCAAAACAAAACAAAGGCUCAUGGGAAUUAUCUACACAAAACAGACCUUCCGUUGUAGACUCUUAUCAUUUUGUGCUUUCGUGUGAACCUGUUAUCAAACAUCAUUCAAUAACUCACAUUGACUGUGAUUGGAUGAUAACAAAAAUGUCAAAACAAUCGUUACACUUUUGUUUGGACUGACAGUUUCAGUUAUACUGCAGUGUUCUGGGUGAUUUCAUUGUGCUUUAAACAAAGUAUGACUUUUAGGAAAGAGCAAAUGUGACAUUUUGUUGUUCUGAAAGCACUUGUUGAAUUUUGAUCACUUCCUGUUGCGCUGUAGCUCAGAGGGACGUUUCCUGUAUCUACAGUUUAUGAGGUCAGCGUCAGACACAUGUAUUCUGUGUGGUGAAGUUCACUGUGGUGCUGCAACAUCCCCUCAGCGUUGCAUUUGAAACACUCACGCUUGUUACAACACACCUUUUCUUUUCUUUGUUUUUCAUAAUAACUGCUUGUUUGUUCGGCUUUAUGCCACCAAAACAAAUCUAGAUUUCAGUUUCGUGUGGGAAGACAAAAUCACCACAGAGAUAAAGCAGAAAAACAAUGUCACUCUUUAAGAUCAGCCUGUUUGCCUGCAGAAUUCCAGAUGCCUGGUAAAAAAAAAAAAAAAAAAAAAAUCUUACUCUGUAGUCACCACUGCACAACUUAAAGAGUGCAUUUAACUCUCAGGGAAGUUAAACAAGGGUCUCAGUGUGCCCUCUGAUUUAACGGACCACAGUCUUCAUGGUGAUGAAAAAAAAAAAGAGGGAGGGGAGGAAAAAGAUUUUGAUCACAUGGCCUCAAAGUCAUCCUGAAAGUAUGCUGGCGGUGUAUUUGCCCGCAGAAACACAAAAGCCCUCCACAGUGAGUGAACGUGUCCAUGCGUCGAGCAUCAUUUUCAGAGCUUUGAGCCGAUCGGCAGCGUCGUGUUUGUGGAAACAAAACAGAAGACGAGCGGGUGGUGAAAGCAAAAAAAAGAAAUGUCUAAUCAUACCACCGUGCUCCCCACUGAGUGGAGCGCCACACCUCCAUCUAAUGACAGCUCCACCAUCAUGGACGCCACCUCCACUGCGACGGACUCACUGUUAGACAUAAUCGCAGCCAAUGACAUAACUUCAAGAGCAAACCAUGUCUACAGUUUCUUGGCGGGGCUGGGCAUCAUUGCAGGCUGCUUCCUGCUCUACAGCUUCAUCCAGACCUACAGAGCCCAGAGGCGGCUGGCGUGGCUCGACUCCCUGCUCUGGGCCUUUUGUGGUUUCCAGCUGCUGCUGCUGCUCCUCUCUCUGCACGCUGUGGCCUACAAACCCGAGUACCUGCAGGCCUCAGGUUUGACCUGCGCCGCGCUCUCUUUCAUCAUCAACACGGCCUGUCUGAGCGGCCUCUUGGUCUUGGUUCUGAUGGCCUACGUCCUAACUCUGGACCCGCCAUCCCACUCCCUACUGAGGAAGCCUGUGGUCUGCAUGGCUCUGGUGAUCCUGACUUCUGUCCUGAUUUGUCUGCUGCUGGCAGGGCUUCGUGGACCCCACAGUGGUCUUCAGGAUAACGGCAACUGUUUUAUGGAUCUAGUCAGCGCUGGUGUUUCAUACGCAGGCACAAAGUUCUGCCUGGCUUUCAUGAUUCCCUACAUGCUCCAGCUGGGACUUCUGAUAUGCGGCUGCGUCCGGCAGUGGAAGUCUAAAGGACGGUUCCUCUCCGGCUCCGAGGAGGGUCCAGUGUUCCUGACAGUCACCGUGGUCACGUUUUUCUGCCAGCUCUUCUACAGUGUGGCGCUGGUGAGAGGAGCACAACUCCUCUCAGCAGGGAAGGAGGAGCUGCUCCCUUACGAUCGGGCAUUUCUGAGCGUGGCCGAGUUCGUGCUCUUCUCUGGUAGCAGCAUCAGCCUGCUGCUCGUGCUGUUCAUGCACAGGCCGUGUCGAGAGAGCCUCCACGGAGUGUUUCGGCAGCUGAGGGAUUGCUGUCGAAGCCCGGGGCACGCGCAGCCCAACAGGAAUAUCAUCGCUCCCCACAUCGAGAUCACAGACACGCUGCAGGACAUCGAGUCGUAGAGGACAAUAACUCUCAUCUCUGACAUUAGAAAAUAACCCUCUGACACAUUGAAUUAAAGACUUUGCAGAUCUGACUGUAUGAACCAUAUUCUCACUCUAAUUUUAUCAUAUUUUUUCUAAAUGCUGUUGUUGUUUAUUUUGCUCCAAAGUAACAAUGUAAAUAUUUGACAUGCAGGCAUUCUCUUUUUUAUAUUUCCAGUGACUGGAAGUUUGAAAAUAUCAUUUUUUUUUUGUACAUUUCUAUUUCACAAAAAAAUAAAUACCAUGCUGGACAUCUUCAGAAUUA